AUGUUCAACGGUGCUGAGUUCAAUGGCCGUGCGCUGAGGGUGAAAGUAUACGAAGCAAAAGGUCCGGACAGGGGAGACUCUGGACGUGGUCGAGAUGGCGGAGGGCCUGGAUCAAUGAGAGGUCCUGGGCGAAAUUACUUACAACAUGGAGGUGGCGAUGGAAAUGAGUACAGCAGCAACAAUACCGGACCAAAUUAUAACAAUCAUAACACUCAGAACAGACCGCAGGGUAGUCACGGGAGGUACGAUAAUAAUAACAACAAUAAUUAUAGUAAUCAAGGCUCGAAUCAGAAUCCAAACCAGUCCCAAUAUAAUAGUAAUGACAACAGCAUGAAUGAUAUGAACAGUGGGGACAGAGGUAGCCAGGUGUAUGAUGGCAGCAAUGGGCCGCCGCCGGGUCAAUUUGGUGGUAAAAACCGAUCUGGCCCAAACUAUGAGAACCCUAACAGUAAUAUUAGUAACAGCAAUGUAUAUAGUGCCCCUCCACUGCCACCGCAAAUGGGGCUUCCAGCUCCCGGCGCUAACUUAGACGGCAGAAAAGGGUCGCAAUUAUUCCAAGGGCCACCCAAUAUGGGCCCACCACCCCAACAACGGCAGCAACAGCAGCAGCCACAACGGGCCUCACAGUCCUAUCCGCCAGGACAGGGACAACCCCCGAUGGAAAAAAUGGGUAUGGACGCAACUCAGCUAUAUAUUCAACCACAGGGACCCCCUCCACAGCAAUUCCAACAGUACCAUAAUCAGCCAUCUCUUCAACAAGGUCCAAACACGUAUCAAGCGAUUCCAGGACCACCUCCUCCAGCCAAGCCGCCUGUACAGGACUUGGUCUUCUCACUCGACGGCCUCAGCAAAGAGAAAGCUUACGAACUUAUAAAAGAAUUAAAGAAUAUGCCUAUGGAUGACGCUCGUGGCCUGUUGAAAAUAAAUCCCACCCUCACCAAACAACUAUUGACUGCGGUCAUAUCAUGCAAUCUGAUUACGGAGGACACGUUACAGGAAUUAGUAGAAGCAAUGCAACGCAAUCCUCCUCCGCCGGAGACUGUUGAGCCACCAAAGCCUGCACAACAAGCUCUGCCCGUGAACGAGCAGCAAGAGCUUAUCAAUAUGCUGAUGAAGCUCACACCCCAGGAAAUUGACUCGCUACCACCAGCGCAGCGUAAAAUGCUUUUGGAUUUGCGGCAACAACAGGGCCAACUCUAAACCGAGACGUGAUGUAUUUGUCAAUACAAGAGGCCAUGAGUGAGGUUGCAGAGACUACUUCGCCUACGAUAUACCGCAUCAGUGCUGUAUCUCAUGCAAGAAUUUGAACAUAGUUAUCGAUUUGAAGUCGUUGGUAGAUCAGCUGCCCGUGGUACAGAUGAGGUCGUGUUGCUUACCAAAUUAUCUGCCAUAUUAGGGACUUGUUUUUGUGACUUGUAUUGUAUACGAAUCCGAGUUACUCCUAAUAAACUUUACUGGCAAAAUCGUUGCCCAAGCAGACACUUUGUCAGUGAUGGUUCUGCCUUCCUAUCACGUUGCACGCCCAGG